AUGUUGCCGCCAAGAACAUUAGGGAACAGCUCCAGCUAUUUACAGCAAGCCUUGCAGGAGAUACACAGUGAGGAGUGGGCUAGGCGGACCAUCGACUACCUCACUGAUUGUGAGGUCCACAAAAAGUCCUGUGUCCUCACCCAGUCUGAAGCUCUGUAUCAGCCGCCACCACCCUUCAAUCCCCUGCCCCUGGCCCAGUGGUUUGAGACGGUUCAUGCCAAUGACAUUCUGAGUCACCUUGACGAGUUGAAGGGUGUGAUCACUUCAACGCUUGGUAGAAUCUUGAAACUGGACUCUACUAAGAAGAUCACAAAAAAACUUGCUGGUGGCAUUGAGGGCACAGCAACAUGGAUGUCUAAUAUCGGCAAUGAAUUUGGGCAAGUGCUGAAUUCUGUGCUGACCACUGGUGAGGGGGCUGGCCUUGAUGACCUUUGUCAAGGCAUCGUCAAAAGGUACAGCGAUGCUGGUGAGCCACAGCCAGAUGCCAUAUAUGUGGACAGAGACUGCUGCAGUGAGACAGGGGUGGGUCCAGUUCUCACUUGGUUUCGACCAUGGACGUCAACGGUGAGACUGGAUAUUUUCCAUUUUAUGAGGCGGUUCACAAAGGGUCUUACGACGGAGCACCACCCACUGUAUGGCACGUUCUGCUCAAAGUUGUCCACUUGUAUCUUUGAGUGGGACAAAGAGGACAUUCACCAACUCAAAGAGGCCAAGAGGGCAGAGUUAAAAAAAAAGCACCAGGGUCACGUACCCACUGACUCUCGGGUGUUAUCCAGCAUCACAUCCAGUGAGCUGGUCAAGCACUGCCGCAGGAGAACCCGAGGGGUUGAGGAGACCCGCGUUCUAAUCCAGCAACUGCUGGACUCCAUGUGGGACCUCACAGACACAAGUGGCUUGCAUCUCAUAAAUCAUGACAGCAUGUCUCUUGUGUGGGAGGUACAGCAGAAGCACUUGCCCUGCAUCCAAGAUCCACCUGGUGUCCAGUUGUACACUAACACUGGAUCAGGCCUGGAGAAGGGAGACAAAACGCUGGACGUCCUAAGAUGUGGCAGAGGAUCCUCCUCGCUCGAGAGCUUUCAUCUGCACCAGUGUGGUUUCAUCCCAGGUUGGAGAUGUAAUGCUCUACAUACACAGAUGUACUUGCUUGAGGGGUUAUCCAGAUGGAACCAUAAUAGGUCUCAGCAAGCUCUGGGUAUGAGUGGUACAUCACGUACAAAGAUGUACGAUGUACGUUUGAUGUCCAGUGUGAACGUCCUGAGCAACAGAGUCCUAGGAAGUGGACUUCUUCCAGAGUUUAUACCCCCGGGGAAACCUACCGGAGAGCGUAUUGCUGUGGAAUAUUUGCUAGCGCAGUCUAACCGGGGAGAUCUGCUGAGUGCACAGAAGGAAAUUGGUGCCAUUCCACCAGAGAUGCUGGAUGAAGCUCAGGAGGAUGAAUGUCCUGAUGUGACCGUACCCCAGGCCACUGAUAUAUCUUUUCAGUCUUCAUCUCAGGAAUCUACACUUGAAAGUGGUGUGUUCAGCAGUCCUGCCAGCUCCCCGUUUGAGGACAGUGGGCCCAUCACUUCAACUCUGGAUAGUCGGUGUGAUCCUAGAGGAAUUCCCGGAUGGGAGGCAGUCGAUGCCUUGGCAGGGUAUCUUGUCAGCCUCAAUCGGACAAUAACCGCUCUCUCAAACUCUGAGAUAGUAGAGAUAUUGAGACUGUACUCCAGCCUGGAUCCCAUUGAUAAGUCCCCAACCAAAUACUCCAUGAAAAGUAAGAAAAAGACCUUGUCAGGACCAUGGAGAGCUUCUCGGAAGCGCAGUGGCUCUGCACCAGGCCAGCAAGCAGCUGAGAGAUUGUUCAUGGUUCAUGGCCAGGCUGCCCAAAGACCUGAUCUUAACAGGAUUUCUGAGUGUGUUGCACUCAGACUCUACAAAGAGUUCCGGGAAGCCAGAAAUAGGCCAAAGGACAACAAAGGGAAAACAUUUGCAAUACCUCAGUCAAUUGUCAUGACUUACAGUCAUAUCAAACAGCUAAUAGAGGACUGCAAAGACAUACUGGACAACACCAACAUUUUACUUGUGACUAUAAACAACACCACAGUGUCCUCCUGGCUGCAGGAUCGGCAGAAGAGAACCGACCGCGAUUCGUUACUGCAAGGGGUGCAGCUUCCUCAGCAGGUCCAUUUGGCAGAGGAAUCGCUCCUGGAGGCCCGGGACCUACCAUCCGAGCCUGUUCAACGUGCUAAUACAGUUAUGGAGUUCCAGGAACCAGAAAACCGUGAGGGUGAGGCAGUGAUUCGUAAACGUCGCUGUGCCAGAGCGGUGUUUCCCACUGUGCACACAGACACUGGAGCUGGUGCCAGCUCAACCAAUGCAGAUCAGGACUGGCCGAGAGCACAGCACUGGCCUGGGGAUGCUGUCUUCCCUGCUUUGUCGGAUGUUGCCUACUGCCAGCAGGGUCAACACUCAGCUCCAGCGUCUCACUCUCAGGGCUGGUCCCCUUACCAGCAGUCACCUGCUCCAGCGUCUCACUCUCAGGGCUGGUCCCCUUACCAGCCGUCACCUGCUCCAGCGUCUCACUCUCAGGGCUGGUCCCCUUACCAGCAGUCACCUGCUCCAGCGUCUCACUCUCAGGGCUGGUCCCCUUACCAGCCGCCACAUUGCCACCAGUGCCAGCUUCUCACUCCCAUGGUGGCCAUCAUGAUCAACCGCCACCAGCUCCAACACCUCAACCUCAAGGCGGGCUUCCUUACCAGCCAGCCCCAGCACCACUAG